AUGGGCAUCACUGUAGAAAUACAAGCAGGUAAAGAUAAAGAAUCGAGCAUAGUUAAUGCUGAAGGUGAAGAAACUCGUAUUAUAUCUGACGAAGAUAUAAAAGCAUUUGGAAUAACAGAAGACGAAUUGAAAGCCGCUGUAAGCAGUUACAUGGGACAAGAGCCUGAUGAUGUUUAUCUACGGAGUCCAACACCAUGGGGUGAUUUGUAUAAAUCUUAUAAUAAACCAGAAGUCACAACAACCCUGAGAGUAUUUAGUUCUAAGUUAUCGAAAUUUGACAAAAAGCUAACAGUGGUCGAGGGGGUGGGCAUGACAAAUGGCGAUUGUCCUGAAUUAGAUGUUUGUCAAACUAUUGAGAAAACGGUUAAGAAUACUGUGUCAUCAAAAUGGUCUAAAAAUUCUGAAAUAAAAUUAGGACAGACAAUUAGUUAUAAAGUUGGUCCUGUUGGUGGCGAGACAAGUAUUGAUUACACGAACUCGUGGGGAAAUGAUAAUUUUGAAGAGGAUAGUGUGGAAAUAAAAUCAACAAUUUCUGCGAGAGUUGCAGUUAGACCGAAUAGCCAUUUUUACUUACUUCUAACGUCAUCAAAAGGUGUAUUGGAAGCUGAAAUUGUUCAUGAAGCAAGUUUGGACGGUGUGGUUGCAGUUAAUUACAGUGAGCCGUAUAAAGGUCAUCAUUUUUAUUUUCUACCGAUUGAUGCUGUUAUGAACCAGGCUGGUAUCAGUAAUUCUGUUAAAAUUACGGAAACAAUUAAAGCUGGACUUCAUGGCAUGACUGAAAUCAAUCUUAGCAAGUAUCCAGAAUUAAUAGAUUCUGAAAUUGUCCCUCCUGAUCAAUGAUA